AUGGUAACACGUUUAGAGAAUCGAUGGGCUCAGUGGGAACAACCUUUACUUCUACUUUCAAUUAUUUUGCAUCCAAAAUAUCAACUUUCAGUGUUUUCUUCUAACAAGAGAAGAAUUUCCUUUAAUAAAGAAUCAUACAAUCAAUUUGAUGAAAAUAUUUUUGAUUUUUGGGAUAUAGCAAAAGGCAUAACACCAGAGUUAGCUCAAUUGGCAUUACAACUAUUCGCUAUAUGUAUUAAUUCAGCUUCAGUUGAACGAUUAUGGUCUGCUAUGG